AUGCAGGGUCUCCACGACAGAAUCCAGAGCGACGAUUGGUGCAGAGGGCUCUCAGACGGCCUUCACGCAGACCCCCUAUCCAACCCUUCGUACAGUGUAUACUUCCGCUGCUCCAGCCAGGCUCUCGCCGCUCUCCACCGGUGUCCACCGCACACGCUGUUCCUGGAGGCAGGCCUGGGGAAAAGCAGCGAGGAGCAGGAAGAAGGGAGCGAGGGCGCGUGCAUCCUAGAGGAGGAGUUCCUGCAGAAUGCACACCUGAUGAAACUCGGCGCGAGCUCCCCUGUGAACGGCGAGGCGGGUUUCCGUGUCGAGGGCCAGGGUGACGCAGGCUCCUCGUAUCCGUCUGGCGGCCACAGGGGGGUUUCGUUGAGGGAGGUGGCAGGUGUGAGCCGGGCAGUGGGUUUGCUCAAAGCGGAGGGGACAGCAGCAACUAGGGUGGGAGGGGCAGGAGAGGCAGGAGAGGCAGGAGAAGCAGGAGAAGCAGGAGAGGCAGGAGGAGCAAGGGAGGCAGGAGGGGUGGUAGGAACGGCAACGAGGAGUCAGCUUGAGGUGAACCAACAGGCAGGAGGAAGCGGCGUUUCAUCGCAGCCCUCAGCUGCCCCGCCGGACCUGCAAGCCCUGGCGGAGCUGAACGCGCUGCUGGCCUUCAAGGCUUCCGUCAUCGUCUUCAAUGACCUCCUCGCCUCAUGGACCUUCUCCGCCCUCACGGCCCUCACCAACCUCUCUCUCUCCAGCAAUCGCGACUACCGAGAGAUGGCUGGGCUCAUGGGCGCCUUCCCCUCCCACCUCGCCGCGUGCUCCUCCCUCCAGCUCUCCGGCCCCCUGCCGCUGCAGAAGGGCUGUGGCAUGUCCUUGUAUCUGCUUCAGCUCGGUUCAAACCGGUUCACUGGUGGUCUCCCUGCUGACCUCUCGUCCUGCUACUUGCUUUACUCGCUCGACGUGUCCGGGAAUUUACUUUCAGGGCAGCUGUCGCCGGGUUUCUUCACUUCCCUGGCAGGGACGUCGGUGGGGGAGAUUUACCUUAUGAACAAUAGCUUCGAGGGUAAUUUACCCGUGGAAAUUGGUGAUGUUGUAACGCUGGGCGUGCUGGAUGCCAGCAGCAACCGGCUUUCCGGGAAGCUUCCGGAGCUCAAAUCCUGCCCGUCAAUGAUUUACCUGGCGAACAAUUCCUUCUCGGGCAGGAUUCCGGCAGGGUUUAUCUGCCCGUCCUUGACAGCCCUAGACCUGAGCAACAACUCUUUGUCCGGGGACCUGCCCGAAAUCCUUCUGGGUAGUGCUAGGCCAUCCAAACAAAUCCCACCACCAUCGGCAUCGGCAGCAGCAGCAUCAACACUAUCAGCAGUCGCAGCAGCAGCAGGAGGAGCAGGAGCAGGAGCAGCAGCAGCAGCAGUUGAUACAGCACCACCACCGCAACAGAAGGCACCAGCCUUCCAGUACCUUUCUCUGAGUCUCAACCGUCUCACCGGCCCUCUUCCCUACCUAGGCAAGUGCUCCUCCCUCACCACCCUCCUCCUCGAUUCCAACCAAUUCUCCGGCCCCCUCCUCCUCUCUUCCCUCUCUCCCUGCCCUAGACUCCAAUCCUUCAACGUCUCCCACAACUCCCUUACAGGCACCCUCGAUACUAUCACCUCGCAGCUUCGCCCCUCCCCCAUUUUCACCCUCGGCCUCGCCGGAAACCUCCUGGACGGUCCCGUUCCGGCCGCCAUCGGAAAUCUGACGUCAGCACGGGCUAUUGAUGUAUCAGACAAUCGCCUCUCAGGUUCCCUCCCACCGACACUUAGCCAGCUGCAGGUGCUCCGUUCGCUAAGUGUCAGCGGGAAUAAUCUUUCCUCUACCCUCCCAGCAGAACUCAGCGCUCUUUCCCUUCUCACCUCUCUGGACGUGAGCAGGAACGAUUUCUCGGGCCCGAUUCCCCCGCAACUAGCCCCUCCGUUCCUCCCCCGCCUCCUCUCCUUAAACCUCUCUCAUAACCACUUCUUCGGCGCUAUUCCCUACGGUUUCUCCAACACUAAUACCUCCGCCACAGCCCUCGAUUUCUCCUACAACAAUCUCUUAGGUUCAAUUCCUUUUAACACCACCGGUACCAGCCCCACUGGCACGUUUCUCUCUGCAUCCGCGUUACAAGGCAACCCCGGACUCUGCGGGGGCUUCGGGUACCUCGCCUGCCCCACGCCGCCCUACGAGAGCACAGGGGGGGUCUCCCUCGGAGCGAUCGCAGGGAUCGCGGUGGGCUGUGCGGCGUUUGUGGCGGCGCUGCUGGUGCUGCUGGUGCUGCUGUGGCUGUGGCUGUUUGCGCGGCGCAGAGGGCCGAGUCUGGACGGAGGCACGAUGCUGGUGUUUGAGAAGCUGGGCUUUAAGCUCACGGUGACUGAUGUGGUGGAUGCGACUGAAGACUUUAGCAACAAGUUCCUGCUGGGACGAGGAGGCUUUGGCUCCGUCUAUAGAGCCACACUGCAGGACGGCAGGGAAGUGGCCAUAAAGCGACUGGCACUAGGCAGCAGCCAGGGGCAGCGGGAGUUUGAAGCCGAAAUGAACACCCUCGGCAACGUGCGGCACCGCAACUUAGUAGUCCUAGUCGCCGCAUACCUCUCCCCGCCGCCCGCCCAAGAGCGCCUCCUAAUCUACGACCUCCUUCCGGGCGGCUCACUGGACCACGUCUUAGCGCGCGAAAUGGGCAAAGACUCGCCGAUGCGACGGUGGGCUGUAAGGAGGAACAUCUUAGAGGGUACAGCGCGGGCCCUCAAAUACCUUCACCAGGACUGCACCCCAGGGAUUAUCCACCGGGAUAUGAAGCCCGCGAAUAUUCUCCUGGACGAAAAUUUAGAGGCUAAGGUUGCAGAUUUUGGGCUGGCGAGGGAGGCGGAUGCGAGCAGGACUCAUAUGAGCACGAGUGUGUUUGGGACGGUGGGGUAUUUGUCUCCGGAGUACUCGCAGCGGGGGCGGCUGUCGUUUAAGAGCGACGUGUUUGCGUUCGGAGUGCUGGUGCUGCAGGUGAUUACUGGGAAGCUUCCGACGGACAGUGACGUGGCGGAACGAGGGCUCGCCAGGUGGGUGGGGAUGCACACGGUGGCAUCAUUCGUGGACGACAGGAUAGACGAUGCGUUGCUGUACGAGGAUGAGAUCAUGGGCGUCGUCACUCUCGCCCUGCAGUGCACCCAGACCGUGCCUGCUGACCGCCCCUCCAUGCCUGAGGCUCUCGAGGUGCUGGAGAAUCUGCACGACUUUGCCAAGGGGAUCCGCAUGGGGAUAGACGCUAAGGAGGUGGAGUGA